AUGGGUGAGUCCGUGCCCAAAGAAAUUACCUCAGUGCCCGUGCUUCUCAAAGUCAAGAUGAAGCUCCUCUCUCGCUCGGUGGCCCUGCUGUUCACCAGCACUCUAUUUCUGCCAACUCAAUGCAUGACAUCUUCGGGUCGUGCUGGACAUGGGCUCAUCGGCUAUGGCAUCAAUAUGUACUUCCAUUACUGCUGCACCGCAUGCCGCAAUGUUUUGUCUGCGAGCCAGCUCAAUUGCUCGAAAAUCGCGGAGAUGGAAGGCAUGGGCGGAAUGGACAUGAGCGGGGAUGGCGACUUCACGACCAUGCCUGAGUGCUAUGCCACCGAUGAUGCGUUCCUUCAGUCGCUUGCACUCUGUAUCAGCCAACGCUGUCCCCAAGACCCGGACUAA